AUGACCUUCUACUUCUCGGACACGGCAGUGCUGCUCUUUGACUUCUGGAAUGUCCACAGCCCUGCAGGGAUGGUGCUGUCGGUGCUGGUGAUCCUGCUGCUGUCCAUGCUGUAUGAGGCUGUGAAGAUGGGCAAGGCUGUGCUGCUGCAGCGAGCGCUGCUGGCUCUGCCUCGCAGCCUCAGCCAGGAGGCACUGACAGAGCCCGAGGAGGGAGACACCAACCCUGCACAGAGCAGGUGGUUUCAGUACCACGUGGGCCAGACGCUGUUCCAUGUGGUGCAGGUGGUGUUGGGCUACAUGGUGAUGUUGGCUGUCAUGUCCUACAAUGCCUGGAUCUUCCUCGGGGUCAUCGUGGGCUCCACAUUGGGCUACUUUGUGGUGUACCCCCUGCUCGGCCGGGGCUAG